CAUUCCCAACUGAGAAGAAUAAAGCUAAGCUUUAGACUAUUUGAAGAUGUGAUUAGAGCUGUCUGUCUAAACUCACAGGGCAACUUCUGAGGAGAAACAAAACACUCAUUUUCCUUUUUAACCAAAAGUGACAAUGUGACAUCUGUCAUGUUGUGUGUGGUGAUGAGAAGCUAGCCCAGGUAACCCGAUUGUUGCACUAUGUGACAUAUUUAAGGACAUACUUGCUGCAUUUGCAGCAGCCCCCUGUCUGACCCUCCCUGGGCAAUCCUGUGUCGCUCAUUGUGAGUUAACUGUGGCAAACUCAGCUCUGUUAUAUUUUGUUUGCUUCAUAGUUUCCAGAACUAUAUAUAAAUAUAUUUUUUCAAUAGCAGAUACUGUAGUUAGUGAGUGGGGCCCCCUCUAACCUUAUCCCUACCAUAUUGGCUUCAGGGAUGGGACUGAGAGUGCCCUUGGAAGAAGAGGAAUUAAAGUAUAACCCUGUGAUUGAGAAUGAUGCCCAGGCUGCAGGCUGUGUGAGUGAAAUGACCGUCUCCUCUGGAUCAAGCAUCCGCUCCUCAUUGCGCUUCUGUCCCCGUCUCCCUCCUUCCGUGUUUAGUUACUGUCCUUUGCAAUUUUGACUAUAUUUUGCUCUUCCUGACAUUGACUGUUUUUUUUAAUAAAAUAAAAAUUAAAGAAAUAAAUAAUCCCCUGAAUGUGACUGGAUGUGAGAGCGGGGCUAAGCUCCUCCUCUUUGGGCUCUUUGCCUAAGUGGCAGCGUCAUGCCGGUUCUGAACCUCCUGAUUGUGCACCUCCUAUGCGGGCGACAGUCCAGGGCGGACCUAGGGAGUGCUUGUAAUGGCAUCUGCUAAGCUGAACACACGGUCGCAGGCUCAAUCACAUUACGAGAAGGGAAAUAAAGUACAGAACUUUAAAAGCUGUUGUAAGUUUUUGUAGGGGCGGGGGAUGGGGAGUGGUGUGCAGCUGGGAGGCUGGUAUUGGCAUCACUAAGUGUUCCAAAGGUCUUGUUUUCCCUGCUUUGUUUUUCCUCUUAAUUGGAUGCACUGACCUGGCCCAGAAAACGUCCUCCUUUGAUGUUAUUACCAACAUUUCCACAAAGUGACGGUCCCCUGUCUCGGAAAGGUGGCAGCAGAUCUGAUCAGUGACAUUUUCUUUGCACACGAAUAUAUUUUUGUAUUCUCGCUCAGAAGCUUCUCUGUGUGGCGUUAGGGAGUGAGCCAAACAGGACUUUUGUAACCAGUCUACCGGCAGUGCAUUUUAUAUCCCCUACAUUUAAUUUUGAGAACUCGAAAGAAGGGUGGUGUGUCUCGAGAGGAAGAAGAACAGAGCUAGUGGAAUGCUCAUUUUGCUGCUGCUUGUGCACGAUAGCGGCCGUAGUCUUCUGGAAAUGAACACCCCGUAUGACGACGUCUGUGAAUAUAGGUGUUCUUUUCUCCCCCUCCUCUCCUUUCCUCCCUUCUCUCUUCCCCAUCCUCUUCUCUAUUUUCUUUCUUUCUCAACCCAUCCUUUUUAAAAAAUCACCUACUGUAAAUAAGUUGUAAUCUGAACCUCAUGUACUAAUGGGGAACUUUCAAAUAUAAAUAUUACCAAUACGCUUUCUUGUCUGGUUUUUGAUUGGAGUGUAGUGAGAAUGACAUGUCCGGUCCCUUUGGUUUGAGCAUUUCAUUUCCACUUCAGCCUCUCCUAUUCCUCAGUUCAUUGUUGUGGCAGGAGAGGGCAGCAAACGUUCAUUUUUUCCCUGCUAGGAAGCUGCCGUUCUUGAUCGGUUUUGAACUUAGCUACGACAGAAUGGCAGCGGAGGCUUACGCCCUUGGAAGCCUCCAGUGGCUCACAUGUGAAUAUCAGACUAUCACUCUCCUCCUUGUUAGUGUGACAUCUUUUCUCCACCUCGGGUUUUUGGCAUUUUGAUUGGCCCCUGGCUGAAGAUGGCCUCUGAAGAACUCAAGCACUGUAAAUCAUUCCCCAAGGCGGCAGUGAAUGUUCAUCAAGAUGAACAUGGAAGCAAGUGAAGGAAGAUGCUGGGGGCCUGUGCUCACCCACCUCUCUGUGUGCCGCCCCAGGAAGUGACUUCAGUGGUGGGAACCCCAGUGUGGGUGGAAGGGAAGAUGGUGGAUGCGCAGAUAUUCUAGAAAGAGUUCAAAGUUACCUUUGUAGUCACAGGCCCGACCUCUGACUCUGUGCCGAGACAGGUGGCACGGCAGAGUAUUAGCAUGGCAAAAUGUGACACCCAACCACCUUAACACGGCACUCCAGGCAGCCGCUUCUGUUGGCUACAGUUGUGUAGAGGGUUUGGAGAAACCCAUUUGCCAUCCCUGUCUUGUUAAAGGCUGUAGAAAUAGGUGGUCUAAACAGUGAGCGAGCCUCCAUUUCUUUCGAUAUAGAAGGAGAAAAUGAGAACCCUCUAUGGCAGUGCUGAAGAGGUGAGACAGAUGCAUGCCAACGUCCCUCAGAGUCUAGCUGCCUUGGAGGAACGCACUUGGUAACUACAGAGGUCAUCCCUGGGCCAUCAGUGAUGGGUGUAGAAGACUCUGGUGCUGGAGCACACUGCAUUAACAAGCAGUCGGGGACAGUGGGAGCAGAGGACUCUUGGCCUCCCUUUCCUGUCUCUUUUUUGUGAGAUUUCAGGCCAGUAUGGACGUGCCAAAUCUAAAGGGUCUGUGAAGGAAGAUGUUGCUCAGACAGCGGUUCUUAUUUGCUGUCUGUUUCUUGGCCCAGGAAAUUAGAAAGAUCAAAGUCAGGAGAGCAGCCUGUCCCCAGAGUGUCCUGGAUCUGGCUGUCCUGUGAGAAGACUGAAGAGCUGAAGAAAGUCCUCUGUCCAACCCAGAUUCCACCAUCUAUAAAAUCACCUGAUUCCAGGGAUGGGUGAUUGUUGUGUGUUCUGGAAGAACAAGCUUUUAACAAGUGCUGUAUUUAUUAAUUUUUUUUUUUCUGUGCAGAAAAUGGAGAUGCUUUAAUUUCUUUAUUUUGUGUCACUGGUCAUUUAAAAUGCAUCUAGAACAUCUCUGGGUUUGUCAUGAUUUGCUGUGAAAUGUAAGCUCCCGAGGGCACAGAUGUCUGCUUCAUUUGCUUUUUAGAACACCAAGGAAAAGGGCCAUGAAUAAGUAGCUUCCCAAUCUGUUUACAUGCUGUCAUUGUAGAAUGGAAUAUAAACUAUGCCCCCUACUCAUAAGAAGGACUGCACUGCUUUACAUUCCGUAAGACCAGACGUAUAAAACAUUUUCACUAACGCAUUAUUGGAUGGCCUUCUAUGCAGUGCUUGGCAGAUACAUAGUGGUUUAUUUUAAUUUCAAAAUCAUAAUACUAGAUGACUUCCUAAAACAAAGACCUGACCUAUUAAAACAAAAUCCCAAAAAGCACGUCAGAAAAAAAAAGUCAUCUUUAAUUCCCAUGUAUAAUGCCAACCAUUUCCAAUAUCUCUGCACUUGCCUGUGUGAUUCAUUUAAAGAUCUUGUUGAUGAUACUAGUUAAAUGAUUUUUAAGACUUUCACAUUUUCUUUUCAUCUGUCAGUAAAUGAUGCCAUGUUGUUUCCAAGGAAGAAUCAUUGUCUUGCUGUUCUCCAAUGUUGUAAGUGCAAGGAAAGGGCUUGCCAAAAGUUGCCAGUGGCUUACUGUCUCCAAGGCAAGCCAUGGUUGCUAUGAGGGAAACUCUGAUCCGUCUUGUCCCAGUGCACUUGCUCUCUCGGAACCAGGUGACCUACCUCUGACUGUCUCCUCAGGAUUAUGUCACCCACCGAGGCAACUUUCUGUUUCAUUCGGUGAUGUCAAGAAACAAAACACCACCCUUGAAGUGAAUCAGUUGUGGAAAAUAGAGACUGGCUUUAUAUUCCCCGGCUUUGAUGUGCUUAGUAGUUCCUGUAAGAAUCUGCCUCUCUUUUGUUUUGAUUGACGAGACCUUCCCUCUAUAUUUGGGUAAGCAGGCAGCCUGAUAACAGAAGGGAGAGACACUUACCCAGGGCAAGCUCUCCUCGCUCGCUGCAACUUUCGAGAGCCUGGGGGGGGGGAGGUGCUCUACAAGAAGAGUUGACUCCAGCAAGAUCAGCAUGAAGCUGUCACAUCUUAUCCUUGCUGCCAUGGCCCUCCUCCUUCUGGGUGGCUAUGACCCUGUCCUCAGUACCUCCAGUGGGAACCUGCGAACUUUCGUGGGCUGUGCUGCAAGGGAGUUCACUUUCCUGGCCAAGAAGCCAGGCUGUAGGGGACUGCGGAUCACCACCGAUGCCUGCUGGGGCCGCUGUGAGACCUGGGAGAAACCCAUCCUGGAGCCUCCAUACAUCGAAGCCUAUCAUCGAGUGUGCACCUACAACGAGACCAAACAGGUGACGGUGAAGCUGCCUCACUGUGUCCCUGGGGUCGACCCCUUCUACACCUACCCGGUGGCUGUCCGAUGUGACUGCGGGGCGUGUUCCACUGCCACCACCGAGUGUGAGACCAUCUGAAGCCUGCGUAGUCUUCAGGUCCCAGCUGGUGGCUUGGGCCUCACAGAUCCACCCGUCCCACGAAUAUAUCUGCUCUAUCCCCUGCGUUUGAGUGCGGAUCAACUUGGGGCAGCCCAAGUUACCUGCCUUCCUCAGGCUUAGGCACAAGGUCCGGGUGCAGCGCGCUAAAAAAUGCAAAACAGAACUGGCCCUUCCCCAGAGUAAUCUGUCCGCUUCCUGUGUCCGAGAAUGAGGCUUUCUUUGCUUCACCUUUGGAACAUGAUUUGUAUAUUACAACCCUCGCUCAGUUUAGGUUGAUACUGUGUCAUUUACUUCAAGGAAUCGGAUAACAUGAAGCCACAGAAAGCCUUUAAAUUGCCCCAUUCUGCCAUUGAACUCCAACUGGAUUUAUGAUUAAAGGACAGAGUCUGAUCAAAACCAAAACACUUUCUUCCUUGCUCAAAAGGACACCAAAAGCUUCCAGUGUUCUUAGAGAGGGCUCCACUUCUCUUUCAACUGAGUGCUGAGUGAUUACCUAAACAAGAGGCAAAAGCAGCCCAGACUGUUGCAGAGAAGGUGUUUUGAUGUGGCUGAUUGCUCUUCCAGGCAAAAAAAAAAAAAAAAAAAAAAUUCUCUAAGUUCCCUUAGGAUCCUUACUAAAGGGUCCACUUGCCAAUUAAAGAACAAAACAAAACAAAAUAAAACAAAAUCCAAAGAGAACAAAAGCUCACAGAAUGCAAUUAGGAGCUAUCAUUUAGGUUUAAAAACACCAGAGAGUAAAUUGAUGUUUUGGGUGUUCUCCCGCAGCCACAGUGACGUGACCAGUCCCUCUGUAGUAUACCUUGAAUCUAAACGGCAAUUUCUUAGUUUCAGAAUCAUGAGUGUUUGUGGAGGGAAACACUGCCCUGCUGGCUUACAGGAGGCCAUUGUGGUCCUCCGGUGCUUGCUUUUUCCAAAACCUUACAGCAGCUGAUUCUGUGACCUUUUUUUCCUAAACUCCGAUAUCAUACAACUGUUUUUGCUUUUGGCAUUUGUGGGUUUUGAGCUUAACUUUGCUCUUUUUUCUUUUUUAUAAUAUGCCAGGAGCGUCUACACCGAUGGCAAUAAAGUGUGUUCCCCGUCAUCCGAGUUCACACAGUCUUUCAGAAAAGCCCUUUCAUUUUAUUUUGCUUGGUGUGACAAUAAAGGCACUUGGAAUGUU